AUGCUUUCGCGCAUUUCAAACAACCCAGCCCUCUCCUCCAAGAUCGCAGAGAUGCGCCUCCGCCUGUCGCCGCUCGUGCGCAUCACCACCGGCACCGUUCACCCCGCCUUCCCUCCGACAGUCCUUCACUACUGGCUUCUUGUGGAGUCAGAUCUCGACGACCUGGCACACUUCUACCACCAACGCACACCUUCUGUCUGGACAACUCAGUAUCCACAGACCAUGGGGUGGAGGGGCAAUUUGACGUUCGAGGAGAAGCGGAGGAAGUGGGGAAAGUUCAUUGGUUUGCGAGGAUGUGCGGCGCCGCAGGAUGCCAAGACGGCCGACGAGAUGUGGGAGGAGGCAAGGAGGGACAAGUUAGCGGCGGAGGAUGAGAUGAUGAGGAGCAAGAGGCACUGGUACUGA